AGCUCUCUUUCUACAAGUGCUUUAGAAUUUCUCUCGCUCUCGCUUUCUCUCUCUCUCUCUCUCUCAGCUCAAAGUUCUACAUCUUUACAGGAUCAAAGACCUUCGGAAUCUCAGAAUCAGAGCAAAGCUUACUCAAUCUUCUCUUUUUCGAAACAUUGUUACACAUACAAUUCAUUUCCUAUUUUAAAUCUGUAAUCCUAAUUUCUAUUUUCUUUUUUUCUGUAGAUCCUUCGAAGUCAUGGAACCGGAGAACAUCGAUUGGAAGAACGUCCAGUCCAUAUUUGUCAAUGAUGACAUGUACGAGAACUUCGAUGCGCCUCAAUGGGUCGAUCUCUCUGCCCCGGACGAACCCAUUGACGAUGAACCCUGGUUCUGCAAUCCAGAUUGCAGGCAUCCGAAGAAUGCUGAAGAUUUUCUGAAACGAAUACACUAUUCGAAGGUUAAGCUUCUAAGAUCAGUUUCCAUUUCGGAAUUUUUUCCUUUCAGGGAUAAGAAUCGCAGAGAUGUGGGGCAAAAAGAAAAAGAAAUAAAUUCAUCUUCAGCUGCAAAAGUUCCCAAUCAAAAGUCUUUGAGAACGAAAGGAUCAUAUUUUUCAAAGAAUCCCAUUGAGGACAGUGAGAACAAGAAUCCAAACGUGUCUGCUCCCAUUCCCAACGGUAGGACCAAGUCUAAGAAAGCAGCAUCGAAACCAAGCACAGAGAUGAAGAAACAAUUUGGGAAUCCGCCGGAGCACGAAAAGAAACCGCAUCUGAGGAGUACUUUCUCGGCGCGUAAUUUGUUAGGUGGACGGGAAAUUCUGAAUCAGAUCACGGAAUUCUGCUCUGAAUUGAAGAAAUUGGGGAGCAAGAGUUCGAAAAAAGCCACGGAGAAAGAACAGCAUGGGGUUUUAGGCGAGCUGAAGGAGAGAGUCAGAGACAGAGAGAGGAUGCCUCUGCUUGAGAUUAAAGAAGGGGAAGCCUGAAGCAAUGGAACAGAGGAAGAAACAGAGGACACUACAAUUUCGGGAUUUUUUCAUUACUAAAUUUGACCAAUUUUCAUGAAAAUUUUGACAUUGGAGACUCAUUAACAAUUUUUGUGAUUUGAUCUAAUCAAUAAGUAUUAUGGGAACUUA